UCUAGAUUUAGGUAAAACAAUAAUUUCAACGCUAUAUAUAGCAAAAAUGAAGAAUAAAACUUUUUUCAGAGAGAAAGAUAGAGGUUGGUAGAGACACCGACAUCGUGAUGAUUAUCUGGGCUUCAACAUGAAAAUAAAAAUUAGCUAUAAGAGGCAAAUGCAGGAGCAUAGCUUCCAUUUUAUGAAAUUAAAUUCACAAUUGAUGGUAUUUUGAUAUAAAGGUUGCAUUGUUUAUACAAGAAAAUGCAAAAAGAGAGAUAAAAAAAAAAAGCAUUUUUUUCUCUUUUUUUGUGACAGGAAACAAGAGCCAAUUUUGAUAUAAUUUGUUUAAUUUUUUGAUUGGAAGCCAGCAAGAAAAAAUGGGGUUGGUAGAAGAUGUGACAUUAAUUGGAGGGUUGAUAGGAGUUCAAUUUAUCUAUGCAGGAAAUGCUGAGCUAAUGAGUUAUUCAAUGUCAUUAGGCAUUAGCCCUCUUACCAUUGUUGUUUUCACUUCCAUUGCUACAUUCCUUAUUCUCUUCCCCGCUGCAUUUUGUUUUGAAAGGAGAAACUGGCCCAAGAAUUGCAGUUUAAAGUUUAUAAUGCAGAUAUGGUUUCUUUCAUUUGGAGGAUUAGCUUUCCAGUCUUUAUUCCUCAAAGGAAUCAGUUUAACUUCACCAGCAAUGGGAACUGCUAUGCCAAACCUUGCCCCAGGUCUUAUCUUCAUCAUCGCAUGGACUUUUGGGUUAGAGAGAGUUAACGUAAACAACAGGUAUAGUAAAAUUAAAAUCUUAGGAACAUUGCUAUGUGUUUUGGGUGCUUUCACAAUGAGCAUAAUGCAAAGCAUUUCUGCUCCUCCUGCAACCAAAAAAGAGACUACAAUCCAAUCGUUGUCAACACCAUCAGAUUUUCUCUUUGACAUACAAAAGAUAAUCGGUUGCCUCUAUCUAAUGGCUUCAGUUUUAAUAUUAUCAAGCAAUGUUGUUCUGCAGGCUUUUGCUCUUGGAGAUUUUCCUGCACCAAUGUCAUUGAGUGCAAUAACGUCCUUGUUUGGAGGAUUUAUGACUGCAGCUGUUCAAUUAUUUGAAGGCGAGGAACUUAAAACUGGGUUGCAACUUGUUAGUUUUGGAGACCUGGUUGGCUUUUCCCUUCUGGCUGGUGGAGUGAGUGGAAUAAGCUUAAGCUUCAAUGGAUGGGCACUUAAGAAGAGAGGACCUGUAUUUGUCUCCAUGUUUAGCCCUAUUGGAACAGUAUGCUCAGUUAUUUUCUCUGUCUUUACUCUAGGAGACACUGUUAACAUUGGAAGCAUUGGUGGUAUGUUCCUCAUGUUCAGUGGACUUUACUUAGUUCUUUGGGCCAAAGGGAAAGAAGGAUAUGCAGAUGGUGGUGAUUUAUCAGAAAAAGCUUGAAACAGAUGCUACCUUGAUGUAUUCGUGACAAAGAGCAAUCAGAAGAGUCAGAGGUGUGGAUUUUAAGUCUCUUGAGUUUGAAGGAAUGAAACGUUAUUGCAUUGUAGAUUUUUAUUUUCUUUUUGUAAAUAAUAUUUUGAGGUCAGGUAGACAUGAUAGUUUAAGAUGGAGAUGAAGCAAAAUAUUAGGAUUUUGAAUGACCCCUAUAGGUAGGUAGGAGUAAAAUAUCUUGUAAAGAUGUUCAACUAGUUAUUCUUAAUUUUUGGAGAAUAGUAAAUCCAAAUGAGAAAUGCUGAUUUCUACCACAAAGUACAGAACAAAAAUA